AUGAGUUCAGAGGAUGUCCAGAAUAAAAUGAAAUUAAUUCAAGAAGCUAUAGAGGAAGACCAAAAUAAUAAGGUCAAGGAGCAAAGCUCCCAACAAAUGUCUAUGGAAAACUUGAAGAACUUCUUCCAGAGGAAAUAUCCCAAUGAAUCAGAAGAUGAAAUCAUGAUUAGAAUUUUGGAUCAUAUGAAGAACCAAUUCUUCUCUACUUUUCCAACAAAAGCAUCAAAAGAUGAAGAUUCAUCUAUGAAGACAAGCUCUUCCAUGGAAUCAAUGGAUUCUCAUAACUUGGAUGGUUUGGCAGGAGAAGGUCAAGCAGAUGAAGCUACUGCAGAAGAUUUCUGGGAUGCAAUGAUUCAAUGUAUGAAAGUAAAAGGAAAAGCAAAGAAUUAA